UUCAUAAAUUCUCUUUGCAAAGCUCUGCAACUUACCAGAAGUCUGCCUACAGACAGAAAGAUGGCAUUUAAUGGUACUUGGAAAAUAGAGAAAAAUGAAAACUACGAAAAAUUCAUGGAAGCGAUGGGCGUUAACGUGAUGAAAAGAAAGUUAGGAGCCCACGAUAAUCUGAAGCUCACUAUUCAGCAAGACGGAAAUAAAUUUCUUGUCAAAGAAUCAAGCAACUUCCGUACCAUCGAUAUUGAAUUCACUCUGGGAGUCAGCUUUGAAUACAGUCUGGCUGAUGGGACUGAACUUUCAGGUUCUUGGAACAUGGAAGGAAAUAAACUCGUAGGAACGUUUACUAGAAAAGAUAAUGGAAAAGUACUCACAGCAUACAGAGAAAUUGUAGGCAGUGAACUCAUUCAGACCUAUGUGUACGAAGGAGUUGAAGCCAAGAGAAUCUUCAAAAAGGAGUAAAUACUUUACCCAGAACAGCACUGGAAUCAAAAUCCUAUUUAAAAAAAAGACAAUUUUUCUACAUAUACUUUUUUUUUUUUAAUCUCCUCACAGCACCUCCUAUGUUGUGAUUAUUCAGCAUAAGGAAAACACAAGUUUACAUUUAGUAUUUCACCUUGAAUUAAAAAAAAAAAAUCCAGUUAAAAUUUGAAGCAAAGACUAAAAAGUUACUUAUAGGAAGUCUUACCCAAGUAACAUACUGUAAAAGGCUGCCAAAACUAUUUUCUAUAAUCAAAACUUCAGUAUUUUUGCACUGGUUCUUGAAUGGCAACUUAGCUUCCUUACCAUGACAUUUGUAGUGACAAAUGGUUUCUUUGUGUAUGGAUAUUGUGUAAUAAGAAUAGUAAAGCUUAAGAGAACCCUGACAACAAGCAAGUCUCAAAAACUGUUAUAUGAAAAUAGAAAUAUACAAUAAAUAAAAAAAUAUGCUCUGAUAA